GCGUGUCAGGCGUGAGCCUUCCACCCAGGAUGCAACGAGCGCCGCGCGCAACAGUGCUCACCAGCCUAUUUGACAUGGAACAGCUCGAGAAGGUCGUCAAGCUCUUCGCAUCGUCCUUGAUGGGAACGCACGAGCUUUACGCGCAAGAGGGCAAAAGUGAGUAUUGGCUAGCGCACCCCUUCCGGCCUCUAUUCAUUCCCUCGCAAUCCGGAUCUUCGGCGACCGCACAUGGCUCGGCGUUUCGCACGAGCGCGAAGGCUCGCGAGUCAAGUACGCCGAGCUAAGGUCAGACGAGAAACGGGGUGGUUAUAACUCAAGCCUUAUCAAGAACUCGAACGCAAAAUAUGGACGGAUACUCAAAACGUGGUACCUUCAAGCGCACAGGGCCAGAUAGCGUUUGAUCGUCAUCGAGUCCGAGCUCGUCCCGUAUCUGAGCUAACGUAUUUCAUGACGGUCAUUGGUCGGAUCGGAUCGUAGUUGGAGCAGAGAACCCAGAGUGGUAGGGAUGGAUUCACGGGGCCAGACAUGCCGUAGCCAAAGGGGAGACGAAGGUUUCGGCCGUAAACACGCG